CGAGGAAUGCCUUCAAACCAAUGGCAAACAAAUGCUCAAGCGCUUUUACGCCGUGGAUUUGGUUCAGAGCGGAACACACUGACAGGAGCGGGUCCUCUUUGCCUUGAACUGUAUGCGUGCAUUGCACAGUGCACACCGAUAGUGCUGAGAAAUCCACACGUUGCACUUUAUUUCAUCGGAGGAGACGCCGCCACGACCGCAGAUGCAUUAACGCAAAAGCGCACGAUCUUGUGAAACCGAGUCCACCUGUGCGUAAAGGAGUAAGUGGGAGAGAUUUGUUCAUUUCGAGGAACGGAUCUGUGCAACUCCCAUUUCUCACCGGAUCAAGAGGGCAACUCGCGUCAUUCAAGCGGGAAUAAGAGCUUUUAUUUUCCUUCGCUGUGAUAAUGCGCGUGCAGUCCGGAUUAUAAAAGUAAAGUCAGUCGUUUUCUCAAGAUCCGAAGGAAUAGAUUAAAUCAGCUCUUUCCAGGAGUGACUCGGAAGUCGCGGGUUCAGAAGACAUUCCACAUUUGAAUAGUUGAGAGACACUGAAGAAGCGUGCACAAUGCCACUUGCUCAACUGGCAGAACCAUGGCCCAAAAUGGAGCUGGUGCAGUUGGAGACGGAGAAUGGACAGAGCACAGCAGAGGAUGGAGUAAAUGCAGCUGUUAAGGAUGAUGGUGACAUCAAGGAGAUCAACAUCACUCAUGUGGUUAAGGAGGGAGCGGAGAAAGCGGACCCAUCCCAGUUCGAGCUGCUUAAAGUGCUGGGACAGGGAUCCUUUGGAAAGGUGUUCUUGGUUCGGAAGAUAACGCCUCCUGAUAAUAACCAGCUCUAUGCCAUGAAGGUCUUGAAAAAGGCCACACUUAAAGUGAGGGACCGUGUGAGGACUAAAAUGGAGAGAGACAUUCUGGCAGACGUCAACCAUCCCUUUGUGGUUAAACUCCAUUAUGCAUUUCAGACGGAAGGUAAACUCUAUCUGAUUCUGGACUUUCUCAGAGGAGGUGAUCUUUUCACCAGGCUGUCAAAAGAGGUGAUGUUUACAGAAGAAGAUGUGAAGUUUUAUCUGGCUGAGCUGGCACUGGGUCUAGAUCACUUACAUGGGCUCGGCAUCAUUUACAGAGACCUUAAACCUGAGAAUAUCCUUCUGGACGAAGAGGGACAUAUCAAACUCACAGAUUUUGGACUUUGUAAGGAGGCUAUCGACCAUGAGAAGAAGGCUUACUCUUUCUGUGGGACAGUAGAGUACAUGGCUCCAGAGGUUGUCAACAGGCAGGGACACACCCACAGCGCUGACUGGUGGUCAUUCGGAGUACUGAUGUUCGAGAUGCUUACAGGAUCACUGCCAUUCCAGGGAAAAGACAGAAAGGAAACAAUGAAUCUCAUCCUAAAGGCGAGGUUGGGUAUGCCACAGUUCCUUAGUGCUGAAGCACAAAGCUUACUAAGAGCCCUCUUCAAGAGGAACCCCAUCAACAGACUUGGAUCUGGGACAGAUGGAGCUGAAGAGAUCAAACGGCAUACAUUCUACGUGACCAUUGAUUGGAAUAAACUCUUCAGGAGAGAGAUAAAACCUCCAUUCAGGCCAGCUGUAGCCAGACCCGACGACACCUUCUACUUUGACUCAGAGUUCACAUCUCGUACCCCUAAAGAUUCUCCAGGUGUUCCCCCCAGUGCAGGUGCUCAUCAGCUUUUCCGAGGCUUCAGCUUUGUUGAUACGGCAAUGCUGGAGGAGGAUAGUAAAGAGGAGAAUACAAAGCCCCCUCCGCACCCUGUGGUACAGCAGCUUCAUGGUAAGAACAUCCUGUUCAGCGAUGGUUACGUGCUGAAAGAGGACAUCGGCAUGGGAUCUUUCUCUAUCUGCAAACGCUGCAUACACAAGGCAACCAACGCAGAGUAUGCAGUGAAGGUAAUCGAGAAAACAAGCACUGACCCAUCUGAAGAGAUUGAGAUCCUGCUGAGAUACGGCCAACACCCCAACAUUAUCACUCUCAAAGAUGUGUAUGAUAAUGGAAAGCAGGUGUACCUGGUCACAGAGCUGAUGAGAGGAGGAGAGCUGCUGGACCGAAUCCUCAAGCAAAAGUUCUUCUCAGAGAGAGAGGCCAGCGCCGUCCUGCACACCAUCACAAAGACCGUGGAAUACCUACAUGCACAAGGAGUCGUGCACAGGGAUCUGAAGCCCAGCAAUAUUCUGUACGUCGAUGAGUCUGGAAAUCCUGAAUCUCUGCGCAUCUGUGAUUUUGGCUUUGCCAAGCAGCUCCGGGCAGACAACGGCCUCCUCAUGACGCCCUGCUACACUGCCAACUUCGUAGCACCCGAGGUACUGAAGAGACAGGGCUAUGAUGAGGGCUGUGACAUUUGGAGUCUUGGAGUAUUACUGUACACUAUGCUUGCUGGAUUUACUCCUUUUGCCAAUGGACCAGAGGAUACUCCAGAAGAGAUUCUGAGUCGGAUAGGGAGUGGCCGCUUUACUCUGACUGGAGGCAACUGGGAUGCAGUGUCUGAUGCAGCCAAAGAUUUGGUCUCUAAGAUGCUCCAUGUGGACCCACACCAGCGGCUCACGGCCAAGCAGGUUCUAAAGCAUCCCUGGAUUGUUCAGAGAGACAAACUUCCCAACAGUCAGCUACAACACCAAGAUGCCAAGCUUGUCAAGGGGGCGAUGGCGGCCACCUACUCUGCGCUGAAGAGUUCCCAGCCUCCCCCGGAGCUGAAACCCAUCGAGUCAUCCUUCCUGGCACAGAGACGGGUGAAAAAGCUGCCGUCUACCUCACUGUAGAGAACGAGGGAGGAAACACAGAGACGUCCUCCUGAAUGCAGUUUUGGAAGGGAAGUGAUGGAUGAAAGGACCAUACUGAAGUUGUACCGACUCAAGACAGUCUCUUACACCUGCCCUUGUCAUCAGCGCUUAUGCGGGCUGUCAAGCACGUUAGGCGAGGGACGUGAUUGGCUGAUGAAGUUUAAGGGCGGGGCCAGUGGGGGUUUGCACUCCCUCCAGAGCGGGUGUGUGUUUAUGUGUUUGAGUGUGUGAGAGAACUUAAAGAAUCAGGUAAAGGAUACUGUUACUGAACGGAUGAUAUUGCCAGUGCAUCUGUGUCUUGGUACUGUACUCCCUAAACAUCAACACUGCUGUAUUCAGAGUUUUGGAUGGUUCUUUUCUUUGUUUUUUAUGUCUGUUAUUUGCUUAAGAUUUAUUUGUUUUCUUGAAUGGGACAACACAGUACUGUUUUUUGGUUGCUCUUUCUUAAUCCACCAUAAAGUUAUCUUCCUAAAACCUCAAUCCUCCAUCGAGGAUUUCCUCCAGUGUAAUGGUUCACCCAGAUAAAUAAGUCAAGUUUAAAUCUAUCUUCCACAAUGAUCUGGUACGCAUGUGACUAUCAACCUAAGCGUAGAGGAGAACUGAGGUGCUUUCUGCAUGAAUUUGUGAAAUGCCGUCUUGUUGCUUUUUUGUUUUCCAGCUCAGCACUUUUGCUUGGUGACCCCGUCAACACUGGUCAAGACUGUUCAGACGAUGUCUUUUACGUUUCUCAAAGAAAAGAACGAAAAAAUGAAUGCGAGAUGACAUUUAAAGCUUGUGGCAUGGAAAAGUGUUGCUCUUGUACACCGGUGAUCCUGUGUUUGAUUCUGUUGUUGUUGUUUUUGCUAAAAGAGACGUUAUUUUAUAAAGCACACUGAGCACAAACAUGUAUAAGUGUGACCGCUGGAGGAAAUGAUUGUGUAGAUUUUUACCUGUCUGUCUCAUUAAUUGUUCUCUCCGUGUUCAGUGGUGGAAUUCUCGACUGUAUUGUGCUCAGGCUGUUCUUGGAAAUGUCGUGCAAAUUCAUGGAGCCUUGUCAAGCUUCUGCACCCUUUAUCCAUCAAACACAUCUUCACAGUUUCAAGGUGUGCUCACUGUAUUGCUUUGUGUUCCCAUCAUUAGAAUUCUUACUGUAGGAUUAUAAAGAAUUGUAAAAAUGUCUUCGCUCCAGCAUAAAUAUAAGUGGAUGUAAUGAUCUAGAAAAAAAGGAAUUCUCAAUGCACUUUAGUUAUUAAAGCGAUUAUAGGGAUGGUUUACCCAAGAAUGAAUCGUCCCCAGAUGUAGAAAGUCAUGCCGGUUUUAACGACUUUUUUCAUUUUUGGGUGUGCUUAUUAAAUCUAAGUUAUGCAAAAAAAAGUGACAAGUGGCAAGAGUUUCACUCGACCACUUUCACACAUGCAGAUUUGUAUCGUAAAACAUCAAUUGGAACUCCAGAAGACUGAACAAGUAAUGGAGCAUAGUGCGUGUGAAAUCUAUACGUUUUGAUGACAAAUGCAUUGUGUCCAUCUGUUGUCCAAACCUUUAAAAGUUUAACAGUUCUCUUUUUACACUUCUCUUCAUCUGUGCAUUCUGUUAUUUCCAAACGUUUUUUUUCUCUCUCUGUGCUAUUUGGGGUUCUUUCUGGCUAAUCUUUAAAAAAAUCAAUUGUGAUUUAUUUGUCCAUCUUUGAAGAAAAAUGCAUUAUUUGUGAGUCAGAGCAUUCAGUCGUAUUACUGUGUAAAUGUGUUUGUGUCUCCUGCCUGCUGUAAUAGUGGGGUUGGGGUGUUUGUGGUAAAGGGUUGUAAAUGAUUGCCCUUUGUUCUACGGUUAAGGGGCUGGAUGUAAGAACCUUCAGCCUGAUGCCUUUCUAUUAAAAGAAAAGAAAAACUUUU